AUGCAACUUGCGAUCGCGCUCAUCGCUUCCUUGGCUCCUCUUACGCUGGCCAAAGAGGAUCACUGGCAAAAAAGUUGGCAAUGGUUCAAGAGAUGGCAGGACUUUGAUGCCCACAUACGCGCCUUGACGCCGGAACUUGAGUCGGUUGUCGGGGUUGCACGAGCAGAUACCAAGAAAUGUUACUACGAAGAAUUAGAGUACGUAAACGAGAAUGGCAGACGGUACGAAAACAUACUCAGGAAGGCGAUGCCUUGCCGAUCACCACAGGAGGAGGGCAAAGACCCUGCUACGACAGGCAUAGUCGAUGAAGGGCUAUGUGUUGUUACUCAUUGGAUAACCAAGGCGGCGUGUCAGCUGGGCCCGAUAGGGUCAAAGUCGUACAACUAUCCAGAUAUCACUGCCAACCGUGGCCUCACGGGCACCUGGAGGCGUUGA